UCGCUCUCCGCCCCCCGCCUGACGAGCACCUCCGGGCCGCUCCCGCCCCCGCUCCGCCUCUGGCUUCGCCAGCUUAAGUCACAACGCGGUCCGGCUACCUGGGCGCGCCCGGCCGGACGGCUGCGGGGCCGGCGCCGGGUGGCGGCGCUGAGGGGUCGCUGAGAGGAGCUCGGCGGCGUCUGUUGGAGCCGUUCCCUCGGUGGGCCGCCGGCGAGGGCAUGAGCGCGGACUGCCUGUGCCUCCGGAGCGGCGGCGGCGGCGGCGGGAGCGGCGAGGGGAGGGGGCGCCGCGCAGAGGCCACCGUCCAGGGCAGCGCCGGGGGACAGCAGGGCAGGAGAUGUGCCUGUCCUUAGCGGUACAGGAAGCAGCAUGCACCCCGAUGCCACCGACAGCAGCGGCGCCGGCCUCAGCCUCGUGCCGGCAGCGGCCACCGGCGGCCGCCCAGCCCCGGGCGCCCCGGGCGAGCGGCGGCCGGACGCCCGGGAAGACGCGGCGGCGCCGGGGAGCCCUGGAGGCUGGAGCUGGCGAGUGUCAGUGGCGGUGGCCGCACUCGCCGCCGUGUGCCUCUCCUGCCUGGGGCCCGGUUGCUGGCAGGCGGCCGGAGGCGCGGGGCCGUGCACCGUCCUGCUCCGGCUCAGCCUGUACCUGGGCUGCGCCGCGGCCGCCUUCCUCUUGGGAACCCUGUUCUCCCUCGUCUGCCGGAGCCGGCGAGCCCCGCCGCCCGACUUCGUCGCCACCUGGAGACGGCUGGCCGCGGCCGCCCGCCGCGGGCCGGGGAGUCCUGUAUAUGGAAACUCACAUGAGUCAGUUCAGUCUAGAAGGGUAGUGAUUUCUCACAAUAUGGACAAAGCUCUAAAAGAAGUGUUUGACUACAGUUACAGAGAUUACAUUCUGUCCUGGUAUGGAAAUCUCAGCAGAGACGAGGGGCAGCUUUACCAUCUGCUCUUGGAAGACUUUUGGGAGAUUGCCAGGCAACUGCGCCACAGACUGAGCCACGUGGAUGUGGUUAAAGUCGUCUGCAAUGAUGUUGUAAGAACUUUACUCGCUCAUUUCUGUGACCUGAAAGCUGCAAAUGCCAGACAUGAAGAACAACCAAGGCCUUUUGUGCUGCAUGUGUCCCUGAGGAACUCGUAUGAUGAAGUGAGGUUCCUACAAAUGUGUUCUCGGGUUCUGGUGUUUUGUCUCCUCCCCUCAAAGGAUGUCCAGUCUCUCAGCUUACGUAUAAUGCUUGCAGAAAUUCUCACAACAAAAGUCUUGAAGCCGGCAGUGGAGUUACUUAGUAAUCCAGAUUACAUCAACCAGAUGCUGCUUGCCCAGCUGGAGCACAGAGAACAGAUGAAUGAACAUCACAAGAGAGCCUACACCUAUGCUCCUUCUUAUGAAGAGUUCAUCAAGCUUAUUAACGGCAACUCUGAUGUUGAAUUCUUGAAGCAACUAAGGUAUCAAAUUGUAGUGGAAAUAAUCCAAGCAACUACAAUUAGCAGCUUUCCCCAGCUGAAGAGGCACAAGGGUAAAGAAACUGCUGCAAUGAAAGCUGAUCUCCUAAGGGCCAGGAAUAUGAAAAGGUACAUUAACCAACUGACUGUGGCUAAGAAGCAGUGCGAGAAGAGAAUCCGAAUCCUGGGAGGCCCUGCCUAUGACCAGCAAGAGGAUGGGGCCUUGGAUGAGGGAGAAGGGCCUCAAAGCCAGAAGAUUCUUCAGUUUGAAGAUAUUUUGGCCAAUACGUUCUACCGAGAGCACUUUCGAAUGUACAUGGAAAGGAUGGACAAGAGAGCUCUGAUUAGUUUUUGGGAGUCGGUGGAAUAUUUGAAGAGUGCUAACAAGAAUGAAAUCCCGCAAUUAGUUGGUGAAAUUUACCAGAAUUUCUUUGUGGAAAGCAAAGAAAUAUCUGUGGAAAAAUCACUCUACAAAGAAAUCCAGCAGUGUCUUGUAGGAAAUAAAGGUAUUGAAGUGUUCUGCAAAAUCCAGGGCGAUGUGUAUGAGACCCUAAAGGAUAGGUAUUACCCUUCAUUUAUUGUCAGUGACCUGUAUGAGAAAUUGAUGAUAAAAGAGGAAGAAAAACAUGGCUCGCACUUGAUUUCCGGCAAGGAUGAAAUGAUACAAUUUAUUAGAACUGAAGUUUGUUUACUUCAUCUCUAUGGCACACUAUUUCUAGCUACUGUGGUGGUGAUGUUCCUGCACAAGAAGAAGAAUUCUUCAUUCGGCGGAACUUUCUUUUGGCUGAUAGACUUUUGAAUGUCAAAGAAAAAAUUGUUUUCCUGAUUAAAGCUAUGCAGAUAAGGAUACUGAUACUUAUUUCCCCAAACCUCACCCCUAAAAUAUAAAUAAGCAUCAUUUGUCUGUUGACAUUAAUUGGAAACACAGUGUAUUUUUUUUAUUUAGGUGCCGGUAGCAUUCAAUGUCACAUUCGUUUCAGGCGCACAACGUGGCGAUUCGCCGUCUGCGAAUGUUGUGUCGUGCUCACCAUCAGUGUGGCUACCACCUGUCACCAUACAAUGCUAGUACAAUGUAUUAGCAUUCCCCACGUUGUGCCUUUUAUUCCAAAGACUUACUCAUUCCAUAACUAAAAGCCUCUAUGUCCCACUCCCCUUCACCCAUUGUAUUUUUAAGAUCAGUUUGCUUUAUUUUUUUAUUUUUUAUAUGUUUUUCGGUAAGUUUAACCGUGUUCUCUCUCUGCCUCAGAAGUUAAAAUGGUUAAUAAGUAAAUGCUGUAAAAGAGGUUAUGCAGAUUAGUUAAAAAUAUCAACACCCAAUAGAUGAAUUGGAUAAAGUCUUGAACUGACAGUUGAUAUGAAAGGUAAUAGUAAACAAGUACGAAAAAUUAUCCAGCUUCACCUAGGACUCAAGGGUAAUAUGUAUCACUGACCUUUUGAACGCUUCUGCUCUUUGUAGCAAUAAUCCCACUUCUAGAAAUUCACCCUAAGGCAACAACUAAAUGGUAGAAAAGGUGAUGUACCGUGGAGUUUGUGUUAGUACCUCUGGGACGGCGAACCAGCAGAGUCAACCCAGAGCAGGAGCAGCGGUAGGAACACGCCUCAGGGUAGCAUCAAUUCAUAGGAUGGUGUACAGCCGUAAAAAUUCUGAUUUUGAAGAGUAAUUAACGCCCUCACAAUAAGCAGCAUCAUAAGUUAUAGGGAAAAGACAGAAUACCUGUUUGGAUGUAUAUAAGCUAUACAAUUAUGUCAUGAUAAGUGCACUCCUGGACAAGGGUUUGAAAGACCGCACAAAAAUUAAAAAAAAGAGCUUGGUUUUCUAGGGUUAUUAAUACUUCAAACUUGUUUGAAGAAAAUUUUUUCUCUUACCGUUUAUUUCAAUUAAUAAAAAUUAGAAGGAAAACCCUGGAAGAAUGUUAAGGAGAAUAAUAAAGCAAAAGAUCAUUCUCAGGACUUCUUGCCAUUGUCCUACAUGCUGUUGCUGCUGACAGGUCUGUUUUAUAUGCUGUCUGCUGCUAAUCUAUCCAGAUUUUUCAAAGUUCUGCAGUUCUGUAUGAAUCUGAAGGCACUUUGAAAUCUUAACCAUUUAACUCAUAAGAUGAUCUACCUGUUGAUUUGUGAAAUACAUCUUCAGGGGAGGACUGAACAAAGUGUGUACCGAAAGUGCUUUUACUAGUGGGAAUUUGGAAAUUUUAUUUAUUUUUAUUUUGUUCUUAAUAUUUAUUUAUUUUUGGGAGAGUGCAGGCAGGGGUGGAGCAGAAAGAGGGGGACAGAGGAUCCGAAGUGGGCUCGGUGCUGACAGCAAUAAGCCCGAUGUAGGGCUCGAACCCACGAACCACAAGAUUAUGACCUGAGCUGAAGUCAGAUGCUCAAGCAACUGAGCCAGCCAGGUGCCCCUGGAAAUUUUAUUUUAAAAGUACUUAGCAUAAGUUUUCUAGAAUAUUCUUAGGAGCCCGAAAGGAAGCCAUACGCAUCUCUGUGUCUUUGUCCAAGAUUAGGCACAGACCACUCAGGUUGAGUUAGGCAGAUAACUCAGUUGCCUUUUCUUGUUCCAUGCAGAUUCCCUUGGGUGUACCAUUUGGGAAAUAAUGGUGUGGAAUCCAUCCCCCACUCUGCCCUGUUUUUCAGGCUAUUAAAUGUUUUUUCUUUCAUUGUAUUCCUCAACACCAGUUACUGUGGUUCCAAAUAACUUUGAUUUGUCACUUUGCUGAGGAAAAGCAGCCUGCCUCUGAACUUUCUACCACAAAGUGUUAGGGGAAUCUAGUACUUUGGCUAAGUGUAUUGUAAUGAUCUAGAACCUAUAUGCUAGGUACUCAUUGUUGAAUAGUCCAUCGUUAUAAGACAGUGUGGUUCACGUGACUUUUUC